AUGUUCAAGCGCUCGUCGUACAAGCUGGACAGCGUUGCGGCCGACUUUGUGGGUGACCACAAGGACCCCAUCACCGUGUCGGACAUCUUUGAUGGCUACGAGACAAGCCUCGACACCAAGAGCACCCUGUACACGGAUGUGGGACUGUACUGUGUGAAAGAUUCGGCCCUUGUACAUGUGCUGGCCCACAAGGUCACAGCCCUCAUCUACCUGGUGGAGCUGUCGCGCGAGUGCAGCGUGUCCAUAGACACCAUCCGCAUUGCCGGGCAGCAGCAUCGCGUGUUUUCAAAUAUGUACCAGACAUUUGCGCCCCGGGGAAUUAUCCUCAACUACCCUAAGGCCAUGCAUGUUUCGGGUCGGGACACGCUGGGUGAGUGCCAACGAUCAUAA